AUGGUGCCAAGUAAAUGGCCAGACUCUCCAUGAGCCCAACGGCAAAUGCAAGGGUAAAGAAUGUCACAAUGAAUCUCGGUUAAUGAGGAGAAAAGGGUCAUUAUAUCCACCGAUAUCCCAAACAAGACCAAAUAAUGAAAGGUUUGCUAUUUUCUUUUUUUUUUUUUUUCCUUUGAGAUUUUGGAACCCCCCUCUUUCAUCGAUUCUGGAACCAGAUGGUGGUCUUGUCAGGUUUCCGUCCACCUUCCAUGUCGUCUCCAUCAAUCUGCCGCAUGGGUGGAGUCUGGCAAUUUAUGUGAUAAUAUUAUUAUGGGGACGACUUCUUGUAUUCUUUCUCUGGGUAAGAGAAGUAUGUGGAAUACGUAGUCACCCGUCUUUCUAUCUUUGUUCCUCAGCUCGCGCGUCUUGGAGUGGCUCCUGUGACCCUGGGUUCCACAUGAUGGGCUUGAGUUCGUGUUUUGUUUCUCAGUGCCAGUGUCUGUCAUUGCAACGUUUAUAUCACAACGGCCUUAAUACACCUGAGUUAGAACUGGUAGGGUAGAAGGAUGGACAGCGAUACCCUUGUAUACGUUGCUUCCUUCCAUUGUAGAUCUAUAGGGCCUUGGGGCUUAUCCCCAUCCUCCAAUGCCGUCCUUGCUCCUUCCAUCCCCAUUGGCCUGUCGUCUACUGGGCGUUAUUCCCUAUGCUUACUUUAUGUUAACAAUUCUACCCAUCAGCAUCGGUACUCCAUCUCGACAUCAACUGAACACGUUUAUGUCCCCACAGUUCGGAGCACGAGCGAGAAACCAUCGCAGAUCGCAACGUAGAGAAUAGACGCAGCCACGCUGAGCCACCAUUCUCGC